GGCCCCCUCACCCUGCGCCGGACCCCGCUCCAAACACCCCCCAGCCUGCCAUGCUCCUCCAGGCCGUAUUACUGCUGCUGCUGCACUGCUUGGCCUCCACUCUGGGCCAGUACGAACUGUGCAAGUCCCUGGUGAGCACGGAUGAGGGCUCGGUGUGGGAGUAUUACGCGUGUCAGCCAAAAUCCGCGUCCAUGAAAGACUACAUGCGGAUCAAGGUGGAUCCGCCCGGAAUCACAUGUGGAAACCCACCGGAGAGGUUCUGCACUCUGGAGAACCCAUACCUGUGCAGUGACGAGUGUGAUGCCUCUAACCCAGACUUGGCCCACCCUCCUCAGCUGAUGCAGGACCGUGAACGCAACGGCCUUAUCACGUACUGGCAGACAGUCACAUGGAGACGUCACCCAGAGCCCCUGCUGGCCAACAUCAGUAUGUCUUGGAACAAGAGUCUGGAGCUCACAGACGACAUCCUGAUCACCUUUGAGUAUGGCCGUCCUACUAUCAUGGUACUGGAUAAGUCCAUGGACCACGGGCGCUCCUGGCAGCCCUACCAGUUCUAUGCUGACGACUGCCUGGACGCCUUCAACAUGCCACCCAAACAAGUGCGUGACCUUUCGCCCGCCAACAUCACACGGGUCAUCUGCACUGAGCAGUACUCGCGCUGGGUCGGUUCCAAGAGUGACAAGAAUGUGAAGUUUGAGGUGCGGGCGCGCUUUGCUGUGUUUGCCGGACCGCGGCUACAGAACAUGGACAGUCUGUACACUCGCAUGGAAAGUAUGAAGGGAUUGAGGGACUUCUUCACCUUCACCAACCUUAGGUUGAGGCUUCUCAGGCCGGCCCUCGGAGGCACCUAUGUCCAGAGAGAUAACCUGCUCAAGUACUUCUAUGCCAUCUCAAACAUCGAGGUACCUGCCAGGUGCAAGUGUAACCUCCAUGCCUCCCAGUGCCUGCUGCAGGAUGGGAACCUCCAGUGCCAGUGUGAACACAACACAACAGGCCAGGACUGUCAGCGCUGCAAGAAGGGCUUCAAAGCCAAGUCCUGGAAGGCUGGUUCCUACCUGCCAACACCCAAUGGAACCCCCAACACCUGUACAAUUGCUGGUUCCUCCUCCGGUUCUAACUGUGAGUGCUACGGCCACUCCAACCGUUGCAGCUACAUCGACUACCUGAACAUCAUCACAUGUGUCAGCUGCAAGCACAACACCAGGGGCCAGAACUGCCAACACUGCAGACUGGGAUACUUCCGCAACGCCUCUGCUGAACUGGAUGAUGAGAGCGUCUGCAUCGAGUGUAACUGCAACCAGAUGGGUUCUGUUCAUGACCGGUGUAACGGUACAGGCUUCUGCCAGUGUAAAGAUGGUGCCACAGGGGCCAAGUGCGACGACUGUCUGCCAGGCUACUACUGGAAACAAGGCUGUUAUCCUAACAUUUGCGAUGAAGAGAUGCUCCUGUGCCAGAACGGAGGAACGUGCUACCAGAACCAGAAGUGCAUCUGUCCUCCAGAGUUUAAGGGGGUGCUGUGCCAACACUCCCGCUGCGAGGCGGGCAAGGACUGCAAUGCCGCCUCUUCGCCGCACCUCUCCAUGGCCACCCUGCUGCUCUGCACUCUGCUAGCCCACCUGCUGGCCAUGUUAACUCCCCACUGAGCCACGAACCCCCACCCCACCCCUCAGACCAA